GGCCACGCAAGCGACAGGACCGGACGGAAAACCAUAACAACUCUAGCUAGAAAACUGUCAAUUUUCCUUUACAACAUGCUGUCAGAAGGAUAUUAGCUUCAUUUACCAGGUGAAUAACCGACCAUGAAGAGGGACCAGUCAGACAUCUACCUGCCUCUCUUCCUACUCCUCUAGGAGAUCAUCCGUCUAGGAGAGCAUUCUGCUCACCAACAUAUUUUCUACCACGCCAAUAGGGGACUAAUUAUCUCAAGAUGCCUCGUUUGGAAGACGUUGCCAACAUUGCUCUGAGGGUGCCAAGCAUCCUGGUGCUGGACUUGCUCUAUAAGUGUGACAUUGAUAGCUUCACAGAGCACCUCAAGAACGAAGACAUGCUCUUCAAAUACAAAUAUGUUGUCUGGAACCUGUAUUACCUAGGUCAUGUGGUGAACGUUGUGGUGUUAGUCUUGCCACUGAGACACAUCAUCAAGCUCUACCUCCACAUCCUUACCACCCUGCUCUUUUACGUGGGACACCAGAUCUCCAAGGACUAUGUGCAUGGAGAGGUGCAGUAUGGGUAUGAUGGUGCCCUAUACCUCGACUCUCUGGCCUUCCACCGCUUUGUCACUGCACUGACUAGUCAGAUCAUACUGAGUACAUUGUGUGCCUUCCUCAUGAAGACCAGGAAGGUGUGGCUGUUCUCUGCCUACCUGCUGCCCCUGUUGGCCCGUCUCUGUGCCAUGCCCCACGACACCCUGCUAUUGGUGAACUCCUUCUCCACGGCCCUGACUGGAAUAGGUGUGGCCAUGUUCCUCCUGUCCAAUCAGUUCGUGCCAUACCGGCUGGCCAGGGCAGCCUACUCUGAACUGCUACAACUGGAGGUGGUAGAGCUGUAUAGACUCCUAGCGGUGGCUAUCUCCCUCUGGAAUCAGUUUGCAGUGCCAGUGCUGUUCAGCGUGUUCUGGUCUGUGCUGUUUGUGGUCCAGCUGUACUCUAACUUCACGGCCAACAAUACAUCAGGCAGCCAUGAGGGGGUGCUGUUCUUCCUCCUCAAAAGUGUCUCUGAGUGCUGUGCCACGCCCUACUCCCUGCUGGGCCUGACGUCUGUGGUGUCUUACCUGGCCCUGGGGCUGCUCAGCUUCACCAAGUUCUACCUGGGGGGUUACACUGCAGUACAGAAUGACAACGUGAUGCACAGAGGUGUGGCUGAGGGUGUAACGUUGCUACUGCUGGCUCUCCAGACGGGUCUGUUAGACAUGCAGGCUCUGCAGCGCACCUUCCUCCUCAGUAUCAUCCUCUUCGUCGUCAUCACCUCCACUCUGCAGUCCAUGAUAGAGAUCACAGACCCCAUCAUCCUGGCCCUGGGGGCAUCUAGAAACAGGAGUCUAUGGAAACACUUCCGAGGUCUCAGUAUGUGUCUGGUCCUGCUGGUGUUCCCAGGAUACAUGGCAUAUCAAAUCUCCCAGUUCUUCCACAUGGACUUCUGGCUCCUCAUCCUGGUUUCCAGCUGCAUGCUCACCUCUCUGCAGGUGACAGGUACCCUGAUGAUCUACUCACUCUUCAUUGGUGAGCUGUUCUGUACUGACCCUAUAGACAGCCUGGACGAGAUCAUCUAUUGGGUCAAUGCAGUCAGCCGCGUGCUGGAGUUCGUGGUGGCCCUCUGCGUGGUGGCCUACGGGACCUGGGAGUCACUGUAUGGGGAGUGGAGCUGGAUGGGGGCCUCCAUCAUCAUUAUACACUCCUACUUCAACGUGUGGCUCAGAGCCCAGACCGGCUGGAGGAGCUUCCUGCUUAGACAGGAAGCAGCCAAGAAGAUCAACUCCCUCCCCCGGGCCACGGCCAAUCAGUUGCAGCGACACAACGACGUUUGUGCCAUCUGCUUCCAGGAAAUGAGCUCAGCCGUGCUGACGUACUGCGGACAUUUCUUCCAUGGAAACUGCCUGCGUAAGUGGCUCUACGUCCAGGAGACUUGCCCCAUGUGCCACCAGGCCGUCGGCCCCACCCCGCCAGCCCCAGCCCCAGCCCCAGCCCCAGGCCACGCGGCAGGAGACUUCCAGGCUGCUCCUCCGGCCUCCAGAGGGACUGAGCCAGGCCGGGCAGCGGAGAGGAGAGGCUCCAGAGAUCAGACUCCAGGCAGGGACGCCACACACCAGCCUCCAGCUGACCUGCCACCCCCAGGCUCCCCAGAUCAGCAGGAGGGGGCAGACAGCCUGGGAGAGGGAACCAGUGGUUUAGAUAGAGGACGGACCAGGACGCCCACGUAGGAAGCCUGUCCAGGGUCUUCACUUCAGCUCCACCGGGGGACUUUGUAGGCUUGGUCAGCCCAGGCUCCAGCUGCUCAUCUGGGGGUAGUCCUAGUCCAGGGAACCAGAGCCUGGAGCCUUGGGAUGGAGCACAUCCUACCAACAGCUACAACGGUGGAGGGGUUGACUGCAGAAUCAAAGGACCGUUAGUGCAAUCUACUCCCAAAGAGCAGAACGGCAGAGUAUUGACUAGAGUGAAUGGGGCUACACAGGAACUGCAGG